AACGCCGCUGUGUAUUCACUGAGAGAUGUGAUUGGACGAGACUGACAGAGCGGGUGAGCUGUAUUAAAAAAAAAAAAACAGUGAAGAAAAAGCCUUGUAGAUCAGGAUCUCGUUUUCUUCUGUUCCAGAAACAGCAGGCUUCCCAUCGGCAUCCUCUUCCUCUGCACACAUACACACGCGCACACACACACACACACACACACACCAGGGUCUCUCUCUCUCUCUCUCUCUCUCUCACACACACACACACACACACACACACACACACACACACACACACACACACACACACACACAGAAUCAAAUCACCUGGAUCCAGCAUGGCAACCAUCACCUGCACUCGCUUCACAGAGGAGUACCAGCUCUACGAAGAACUGGGCAAGGGAGCGUUUUCGGUGGUGCGCAGGUGUGUGAAAAUCCUCUCAGGGCAGGAAUAUGCUGCGAAGAUCAUCAACACCAAGAAGCUCUCAGCCAGAGAUCACCAGAAGCUGGACAGAGAGGCUCGGAUCUGCAGACUGCUUAAACACCCAAACAUCGUGCGGCUCCAUGACAGCAUCUCAGAGGAGGCGCAUCAUUACCUCAUCUUCGACCUUGUGACGGGAGGAGAGCUGUUCGAGGACAUUGUGGCCAGAGAAUAUUACAGUGAGGCAGACGCCAGUCACUGUAUUCAGCAGAUCCUGGAGGCGGUGCUUCACUGUCAUCAGAUGGGCGUCGUUCACCGAGAUCUAAAGCCAGAGAACCUGCUUCUGGCCUCCAAGUCCAAAGGUGCAGCGGUGAAGUUAGCAGAUUUCGGAUUGGCGAUUGAAGUGGAAGGAGACCAGCAGGCAUGGUUUGGCUUCGCUGGGACUCCUGGUUAUCUCUCACCUGAAGUGUUACGGAAAGAUCCGUAUGGUAAAGCUGUGGACCUGUGGGCUUGUGGUGUGAUUCUGUACAUUUUGCUGGUUGGAUAUCCGCCGUUCUGGGAUGAAGAUCAGCAUCGACUCUAUCAGCAGAUCAAAGCUGGAGCGUACGAUUUUCCUUCUCCUGAGUGGGACACGGUCACUCCUGAAGCUAAGGAUCUCAUUAAUAAAAUGCUGACCAUCAAUCCAGCAAAGAGAAUCACUGCAGUCGAGGCACUGAAACACCCCUGGAUCUCUCACCGCUCCACUGUGGCCUCCUGCAUGCACAGACAGGAAACUGUGGAGUGUCUGAAGAAGUUCAACGCCCGCCGAAAGCUGAAGGGUGCGAUUCUCACCACCAUGCUUGCCACCAGGAACUUCUCAGGAGGGAAAAGUGGAGCCAAUAAGAAGACAGACGGAGUGAAGGAAUCUUCAGAGAGCUCAAACACCACUAUUGAGGAUGAAGAUACCAGAGUGAGGAAACAGGAGAUCAUUAAAGUGACUGAGCAGCUCAUUGAGGCCAUCAGCAACGGAGACUUUGAGAGUUACACGAAGAUGUGUGAUCCCAGUGUAACGGCCUUUGAGCCUGAAGCUUUGGGUAAUCUGGUGGAGGGACUCGACUUCCAUCGCUUCUACUUUGAGAACUUGUGGUCAAAGAACAGUAAGCCGGUACACACCACCAUCCUGAACCCUCACAUCCACCUGAUUGGCGAUGAGGCCGCGUGCAUCGCCUACAUCCGCAUCACGCAGUUCAUCGAUGCUAACGGAACGCCGCGCUCCGCUCAGGCCGAGGAAUCUCGCGUGUGGCACCGACGUGACGGAAAAUGGCAGAUCGUCCACUUUCACCGCUCUGGAGCGCCCUCUACCAUCACCAAUUGAGUUAAACAGCUGGAGUUAUUGGAGUGUGAUCCGUCCUGGUGGUCCUGCUGUUCUGUAAGCUGAUUGGACGCUGUGGAAGCUGCUUGACUACCCACAAUCCUUUGCUUCCCAUCUAUACAUGAGCAUCCAGGCUUGAGUUCAUCUCACACACACACACACACACACACACCAUCUUCCUUCAUCACACACACAUUAAGAGUCAUUGUUGCUUUCCGUGGAUUUGACUGGAAUGUUGUUCUUGGAAUGUUCUCCAGGUCAUCAGGGCUGUUGUUGAUGUGAAAACUGUUACAGUAAAUUAUCGUCUCUUUACACGAUAAAUAAUCCACUGAGAGACUGAACGGCUUCCCAGAGAGACAAACACAAAUCGUUUUCAUAUUGUUUUGGAUUUUGUUUUCAUUAAUAAACACUUAACUGACAUUAGCAUCAAAAAAAGAAGCAAGUGACAUAUUAGCAUGCAUGCUAACGCUUAGCCGUUUAUUUGCCACUGAUAAAGUUUCCAUUUCCUGCCCGCGGUGUUUCAGUGUUCAGCGUUAUACAAAUAACUUUAUUAAUUAUUAGGAAAAUUAAAAAAAACCUGAGGGAAGUCAGUACAAACAUAAACACAAACAUGAGUGUGAUGAAUGUCAGGAUGAAGUAGGAAUAAAAAAAGAGAGAUAAACUCAAGUUACAAACAAACAUAAAUUUAAAAAACCUAAAUAAAUAAGUAAACUGUAAGGAACUGUCAGUCAAAGCUAAUGCUAGGGAUAAGCUGAAGCUUAAACCACACUAAUGCUAGCAGUAGGUUGAUGACGUUAGUGCCUCAGACGCGCGAACGUGAGGCAGGUCCUGAAUAAUGAUGGGAUUAUUUAUAAAAGUUAUUUUGUUUACUGUGAGAUUUUAUUCUCUACAGUCACAGAAAGUGCAGUUUCAGUUUGUGUGAAGUCACUGAUCUGUAAAUCAUCUUUGCACUUUCAAAGUUUUGGAUUUAAAACAGUCGCAAACUUUAAAACUCAUCUUAUAUUAAA